GUGUCUGCACAGUGUGAAUGUGUGUUAGGGGCGUGUGUGUGCCUCUGGCUGUAUAUGGAGAGAGAGAAAGAGAAUGAACCACAGAGCUUAAGUCUGAACCCAUAGUGGGGUGUCCAACAAGAUGGAAUGUGUGUGUGUGUGUGUGUGUGUGUGUGUGUGUGUGUGGUGUGCACCCGGGCGCGCAGGGGUGUGUGCAGGGUCAGUGUGCACGGGUGCUAGGUGUGGCUGGAUGGGUGAUGUAAGGGUACUGGGUACACUGGCUCACCCUCCCUUCCCCCUUCCAGAUAUGUUCUGGGGAGGGGAUCGCAGCCUGCUGCAGCUAACCCCCUUGCUCGGCUUGCCAGCCUGGCCUCUGCUCCCAGGAAGCCAGAAAAGGCCAAUUGGCCCCUCCCUCAAAUACUUGUGGGGUCACGGAGAGGGUAACAGGCUAAGCCCUGAAAAAGAGGGGAGGGGCUGAGGCGAGGGAGCUUCUGCCAGGCCAGGGAACCCUGCGCUCUCCGUCCGGAGCCCAGAGCAGCGUUGCCAGGUCACUCAGACCCCGUACUCUGCCCCUCCCCGGGGGCCCUGCGUUCCAGGGGUGUCUGUGAGAUGAGGGUGGAGGCAGAUCACUUUGCCUCUUGAUCCCAGCACCUACUGCCCUGUGGUCAGAACCUCUGCCCGAGGCUUCCCAUUGGUAGCAGCUGGGCUCACUGGGCUUUUCGUCCCUCCAGAAUCUUCCCGCUUGCAAGGUGCCUAAAGGAGACUCUGACGCCAGGUGGGGGCCAUGGCAGGUCGUGGCUGCUUGGGGCUGGGGCUGUUCUGCUGGGUCCUUCUUGCCCUUCCUGUGGGCCCCCAGCCUGCCUCCUCAGUGCCAAGUGCCCCGCUUACCACUUUGACCCCACCACCUCAGAGUGAGGCCUCUAUGCUGUCUCUCAACCUGGGACUAAACUUCAAAUUCCAUCUUCGGGGACCUGCUGCUGUCUGGGGGAGCCCUGUCACAGAGACUCAGCAUCUCUCUCCUGGUCCGGGCCAGGAGCCAAGGGAAGCGACGGAAAGUAGGCUGAGGACUGACCCCCUUUGGGAGCUGCUGGUGGGCUCCCCUGGGAACUAUCCCCCAGAAUGGGGCUCUGCUGAAGGCAGUUCUACGCUCUGGGCCUCCUCUCUACCUCCCGAGUCUACAUCCCCCCGUUCUGAGCCCACCAAACAGCCCGGUGCUCCUCAUCAGCCCAGAAUGGUCACUGUGACCUGGGCCAAUGCUCUGACAGCAACGCCACCUCCAUCCAGUGCUCCCAAGCCCCACCAGAGUGAGCUGGAGCUGAGGUUUGAUGUGGCCCUAAGAGCGGGUGCAGCUCCUACGCUUGGGCAUCGCACACUGCCCCUGCUGCCCAGCCUGCGGGCCAGCCUGGCAGAGAUUGCUGGGCGCCUGGGACCUUUUGGGUUCUUUGGUACUACUCUGUCCCCACUGCGGAACUUUUCAGACCUGGGUCCCCCAGGUACAACACUACCCACAAGCGCUGUCUCUGAAGUCUCACAUUCUCCAGGGUUUUUUGGUACCACUCUCUCCCCACCUCCAUCUCUGGUGGAAAGAAAGUUCUCAAGCCCAAGCCUGUUGGACCCAGUGGCUUCCCUAAGCUCUGCCUCAGUUGAGCCGACACCCAUGCAAUAUGACCCCACCAUCUCCACUUCUGGCCCGGAUGAACCCUUUCCUGCAAACGUGGGCACUCCUUCCCUGCGACCCGCAUGCGAGCCAGACUCCUGCAGCAAGCAAGAGUUGCCCGACGUGGAAGGACAUCCUCCGGCCUCCCCACUGCCCCUUUUCUUCCUGACCCUGGAGGCCAAUUGGGCAGAGGCCAGGGCGCACUGGGGCUUGGCCUGGGAGGCCCAUGUGUAUGGGGCAGGCGCGCUCUUCGGCCUGGUGGCCCUGUUGGCGCUGCUCGCCCUGGCCCUCUUGCCUUGGCGUUGCCCCCCGGGCGCCCCUUGCCUGGCCCUGCUGGAUCUGCUGCUGUUCUCGGCCGGGACCACGCGGGCCUUCCCGCUUUUCUACGACGCCUACGGGCACCGGGAGCGGCUGCCUGCGCUCGCCUGGCUGCUCUUGCAGGAUCUUCCGCUCCCCUGCCUGGCCGCGGGACUGGGGUUGGCGUGCCUGCUGCUGGCCCGGCCGCGGUCGCCGCGGUGCCCCGCGGGCCUGGCGGCGCUGCUGCUCCUGGGGCUGGGGCUGGCGGCCGCCGCCUCCCUGGGGAGCGCCGUGCACCGGCCGCUGCGGCCCCUGCGGCUCGCCUCGCGCGGGCUGCACGCCUUGCUCGCCGCCUUCCUCUCGGGGCUCCUGCUGGCCCUGUCCUGCUGGAGGGGCCGCAGGCGGCGGGCCGGGGCCCCCCUGGGCGGAUCUGGCUUCAAGGGCGCCACCGCCGUCCCGCAGGCGCGCAGCCCGUUCGCUCCGCGGGAGUCCUGGCGGCGCGCGGCUCGCACCGCGCCGGUGGCGGGCACCUUUGGGCUGCUGAGCGGAGCCCUGCAGGGCUACGAGGUGCUGCACGCCCUGGGCUAUGGUGGCCAGCCUGGUCUGGAGGGGCCCUGGCCCUGGUGGGCUUUCCAGCUGGGCCUGCGCCUGGGCGAGGUGGGCGUCGCGCUCCCGUUGGCACUGUUGGGCCUCUACCCCGCGCUCUGCAGCCCCCGAGUGCCGCCUCGCUGCUGGGCUAAGCUCUUCCACCUGUCUCCGGGACACGCCGCCCCGCUGCUGCCCGGAGGCUGGGUCGCCGGGGCUUCGGAGAAGGAGCCCCUGGGAAGCGCCAUCGCGCGUGGCGACGCGGAGUUGCUGCAACUGUGCGCCCUCGCAGGACCGGGCCCGGACCUCCUGCUCCAGGGUGGCGGCUGCCGGGGCUUCGAAGGCGCAGGAGGGGCCAACGCCGUCCCGUCCUCGGCCUCCUCCCCUUGCAGCGACUGCACGGUGGACUUCCGUCCGCCCUCGCCCAUCGACCUGCGGCGCAGCAUCGAGGAAGCCCUGUGCAGCGAAGCGUUGCUGGCGCCUGGCCUCUUCCAGGGCUCCACCUUCGGGGAAGCCCCGCCUGGGCUCGGCCUCUACCACACCAUCACGCGGGGGACUAAGACAGGGGCCGGGCCCGGUGGGAGGUCGGACAAGAUCCCUGGAUCCCCAGCGCCCCCCGAGCUCCCCUCUCCCGGGGCCUGGCCCGCGGGAAGCAGCGCCUCCUCCGGCUCGCUGUGUGGACUCUCGCGGGAUAGCUCGUCGAUGCUACUGUGCUCCAGCCCGGAUAGGCCUCCCCGCUGCCCACUCGUGUGCGUGCUCAGCCCCCCACGGCCUUCAGAAAGCAGCCCCAGCCCCCCAGCGUCAGGAUCCUACCAAGCCCUGACCCCACCCUCCCGCGAUUCCCCAGAACCUGCUUCCGAGCUGCAGGCCGAGGAGGCCUUGCUUCGGGAACAAUUCCUGGACGCCUGCCGACAGAUUGAUGAGCUGAGCAUGGGCAGUGACACGAUAGACCUGUGAAGAGUCGGCCGUCUCGCAGCCCCGGCCAUUUGCCCCUUUCCGGUACUCGGCCCAAGACCUGCACACUGUAACCAUCCCCCAAUUCUGCCUGGCCCAGCUACCUCCCCCUGCUUCCUUCCAGGGGCCCUGAUUGGGUAGGUCAGUAGCCAGGCUCUGUGAAUUGGGAAUCAGUGCCACCUUUUCUAGAGCCCCGGAUGCUGAUGCCCUCAGCUGCAAUUUUAGGCUGGCAAGAGGUGUGUGUGUGGGGGGGUGUCCCACGUUCCUUGGCUUUCACCAGCAACAAAGCUCCAAGGUGCUCCGUUCCUGACCACCAUUCACUACUCUGGUGCUGAGGGAUAAAGGGUGUCCUCCGAAGAUCUGGGGUCUUGCCUGGGCCCCCUACCUACUUAUGCCAUGUGCUCCUGGGACCCUUCUCCACAGAUGGGGAUCCAUGGCCCAUCCAAGUGAACUUAGAGCAGUUGAAUGGGUGGCAAACCCUUUCAGAGUCAAUUUAUCAAUAAAAUAUUUUCAGAGGAGAA